AUAAAUAUGUGUCGGACCAUCCCACCAAACGAGGAGCAGCUGACUACUGAAAAGCAUUGUAGAAUCAGUUUAUGUGUUGUAGAUGAGUCGUUUUAGAUGCUCUGUGCUGAUGUACUGAAAAGGCGUACCAUCAGAAGUGGUCAUGCUGAAUUCUUCUGACUAACGUUUUAUGAAAAUAUGUUUGCCAAACCAUUUCGUGUCAAAUCCAACACCGCAAUCAAAGGAUCAGACAGGAGAAAGCUCAAAGCUGACUUAUCCGCGGCCUUUCCUUUGCUGUCUGCUGAUGAACUGUCUGAACUGGUUCCCAAUAAAGAGGAACUAAAUGUUCUCAAGAGUUAUGCACACAAGGGAGAUGCUGUGACAGUUUAUGUUCUUCAUAAAAAUCCAGUGUUCUUUGAAGUGGAUAAAAAACUUUUUCCUACCGUGUAUGUUCUUUGGCGAUACCCCGCUCUCCUCCCAGCCUUCAAGACAUGGCCUCCUGUUCUUCAGAAAUUGACUGGAGGGGCAGAUCUCAUGCUCCCAGGUGUGGUGGUGCCUUCAUGUGGUCUCCCAGAUGUGAAACAGGGGGACAGCUGUGCUGUUACAUUAGUGAACAACAGAGCACCUGUUGCAGUUGGGACAGCUGCUGUGUCCACUGAACAGAUGCACUGCUUGGGUAUGAAAGGAAGAGGAGUCUGCAUUCUUCACACGUACAUGGAUUAUCUCUGGGCUUUUGGAGAUAAGUCAGGUCCUCCUUCUUUACCAGAUGCAGAAAGUGAAGCACAUGGGGAGAACGGUGAGGAAUGUGAAAUCAGUGACAAAGAGGAGGAGGAAGUUGAUAAGUGUGUGGAGGAGCAGCACAGUCCAGAGGAAACGGUCACAGAUCAAGCCCAGUCUUGUUUUGAGGAGCUGAGCUUAGUUGAACAGGAUGAAGAGAAGGGCGAAAAGAACAAUGAGGAGGAGGAAGAGACCCAGGAUGAGCAGAAAACACCACAAGAGGUAAUGGACGCCAUGCUACUGCGUUCCUUCAGCUUUCCCGAGGACACAGAUGUUGAAUCGACUCCACUGCCGGAUGGAGAGGAAGGAGAAAUUCCGUAUCAUCCUCCAGAGAUCACAACUCUAUACUCUGUGUCUGCUCGGCUGGAGCCUCUCUUUCUGAAUGCAAACAAGAGGAAAGGAGCUACACUGCAUCCUGCUGAAGUAAGAAGUAUUGUCACGGAGUAUGUGAAGGACAAUGAGCUGGUGGAUGAAAAUAAUAAGAAUUACGUGACCAUCAACCCAACUCUGUGUGACUGCUUACUGGAGAAAUCAGAGUAUCAGGAGGUAGUCUCUCUCAAAUGGGAUGACCUCUUUAGCAGAACACUGGGAAGAAUGCAGGAGUGCUAUCAAGCUGUGUUUCCAGGGCAACCACCUAUAGUAAAGAAAGGCCAUAUUGAGCCCAUUGACAUUACUGUGGCUUCUCGAGGGUCGAAUAAGAAGGUGACUUUGAUGAAGAACCUGGAAGUGUACGGGUUGGAUCCUGCAGUUGUCGCCAGUGUUUUGCAGCAUAGAGUUCAGGCCAGCUCUGUCUUGCAGCCUGUCCCCGGAGCCAAGGACAGAGUCUUGGUCCAGAUCCAAGGAAACCAGAUUCAACAAGUUGGCAAAUUGCUGCUGGAUCAUUAUCAAAUUCCUCGGAAAUACAUUCAAGGAUUAGAAAAAGCUCCAAAGGGUGGCAAGAAAAAAUAGUAUUUCAACAAAUUGUACCAGCAGUUUGAAGUGUUUAACUGUUUUAUUGUGUGUAAACAGAAUUACAAUAAACUCUUCACUGUCCUUUAAAUAAAGCUGAUCUGGUGUCAAAUGCUAAA